AUGUUUGGUAAUAUUAUAAAAGGAAUUAAAGGUGAUAAGGAUAAGGAUAAAGAGAAGGAUAAGGAUAGAAAGCAAUCGGUUAGUCCAGCGGUAAUUAACAACAACAGCAAUGGUGGAACCACUAAAGCACCCAUUGCUAGCGAGGAUCUCGGUCAGCAGUUUGCUAGUCUGCUAGACGAGUUGGGUGUCCCCGAUGCCAAGAAAGCAGAGAUGCAAGCUUGGUCCAACGACAAGAAGUGGGUACUCCUCAUGCAACACAAAGAUAAGAUUAGAGACGCCGAGGAGAAAGCAAAACAAAACGGUACACUCUACGACACCCCACAAUAUUUCUUGUCGGCAAUGCGUGAGAACGCCGCAGCACAGAAUCAAAAGUUAAUUUCAGAGUUGCGUGUUUGUCUCGGAUCGAAUCCAAUGUCAUGGAUCAAUUCAUUCCUUCAACUCGGUGGAUUCGUUGAAAUUCUAAAGAUAUUCCAAACAUUCCAAUUGAAGCCAGAAAAGGAUAAAACAGAUUUCUUGAUAAUGUCAGAUUGUGUUACUUGUAUUAAAUCAUUGUUAAAUUCAACAAAUGGAUUGAAAUCAGUUAUGGCAACAUCACACACUUUCAAACUUUUGAUUUUAUGUUUGGAUUUGACAUACCCACCUGAAUUGCGUUCACUUAUUCUAUCAUUAACAGCAGCCUUGUCAUUGGUUCCUAAAAUUGGACACGAUUUCGUUCUUGAAGCUGUCGAAAACUUUAGACAAUCUACACGUGAGAGAACUCGUUUCCAAACUAUCGUGGAGGGUGCUAAACAAGUUGCAAAGUCACAAUUACAAUUUGAAUAUUGGACAUCUUUUAUGACCUUUGUAAACUCAGUUGUUAAUUCACCUGUAGAUUUACAAACACGUGUUUCAUUACGAUCGGAAUUUACAGCAUUGGAAUUGAUAGAAUUAGUUAAGCCAUCGAGAGGCAAACACUCGGAAUUGGACACACAACUUGAUGUAUUCUUUGAGUGUCUCGAAGAAGAUAGCGAAGAGAUGGACUCUGCAUACACCGACGUCAAUAUUCGUUCACCAACUGAAGUGAGCAGCAAACUCGAUGCCAUGCUCCAACAGUCACCGGCACUACACCACCACUUCCUCUCCAUUCUCAGAUGUCUAUACACUCUGGCCAGCACUCAAUCGGAUCUCGGUGGAAAACAAUGGAAUCUACUAGACGAAGCGGUUGGAUCGUUACUCUCCGAUCCAACUCGUCAAUCUCAAUCCGACAGAAUCGACACACUCACCUCUGAAAAUAGAAAAUUAAUUGAGCAAAUUGAACAUUUGAAGCAUUCAGCAGCAGCAACAGCAGCAACAGCAGCAACACCAGCACCAACAGUUACAGUUGUACAACAACAACAACCACAAGUAGAUACAACAGUAUUCACUGACAAGAUUAAAAAUCUAACUACAUCUUUAGAUGAGAUGAAAUCUGACAAUCAACAAUUAAAUAGUAAAAUCAAUGAAUUGGAUAGAACUAUUAAGAGUUUGGAACAACAAUUGGCAAGUCGUCCAAAAUCAACAAAUGAACCAUCACCAUCACCAAAUACUUUAACUGCCGAACCAACUACACCUGAUAUUACCAAUUCAGAACCGAUUCCAUCUUCGGGCGGACCACCACCACCCCCUCCACCACCAGGAGGAGCACCACCACCUCCACCACCACCAGGAGGAGCGCCACCACCACCACCUCCACCACCCGGAGGAGCAGGAGGACCACCACCACCACCACCUCCACCCGGUGGAAAGAAGUCGGCUGCGCCAGGCGCACCUGCCGCUCCAACCGGACCAAACUUACCGUCCAGAAAAACACCACCAACUCCAAGCGUCAAAAUGGUUGGUCUUCAAUGGAAAAAAGUCAAUAACAAUAUCAUUGAGAAUUCAAUGUGGAUGAACGCCAAGGAAUUUAGUUUGAAUGACCAGUUCAAGGGUCUGGAAGAGUUGUUCCAAGUCAAGAAACCGGCUGCCGCCAAACCAAUGGAAGCAGGUGGUGGUCCAUUGGCAGGAAGCAGUGUUGGUUCGCCAACAAAACCAGCUCAAGCCAUUAGUAUCUUGGAUAUAAAACGUUCACAGGCAAUCUCUAUCAUGUUGAGUAGAUUCAAGAUGCCAUUGGCAGAUCUCGCCAAGGCAAUCAACCAACUCGACGAGACUAGAUUGACAUUGGAGGAUGCCAAGUCGCUCUCCAAAUUCACACCGACACCCGAGGAAGUUGAACUCCUCAGAGAAGAAGAUUUCAGCAGCCUUGGCAAACCAGAGCAAUUCCUCUAUGAAAUGUCAAAGGUGACUCGUAUCAAUGAGAAGCUCGAUUGUUUCAUAUUCAAACAAAAGCUGCGUUCUCAAAUAGAAGAAUUGUCGCCCGAUGUACAAGUAUUGCUAAAGGCAUCGAACGAGUUGAAAGAAAGCAAACACUUCCAGAAACUCUUGGAAAUCAUUCUUUCACUUGGAAACUUUAUCAAUGGUGGAACUCCACGUGGUGACGUCUAUGGUUUCAAGCUGGAUUCGCUGUCGUCGCUCGCCGAAAUGCGGUCGCCAGUCGACAACAAGAUUACUCUGCUCGUUUGGCUCAUCCAAUUCCUCGAGCAAAAACACCCGGACCUCUUGCAUUUCCACGAGCAACUCUCCAACUGUGAAGAUGCCAAGCGUGUAUCCGUUCAGACAAUCAAGUCGGAACUCGGUGGUUUGCGUAAAGGUCUCAACCAAGUCAAGCAGGAAGUCGAAGUCUCUGAGGGUGCAGCCAAGACUGUCCUAUCGAAUUUCCUCGGACAAGCGACAGACUCUGUUGGACAACUCGAGAAACAAUCGACAUUGGCAUGCGAUUCAUUCUCGGCGGUGGUCGCCUAUUUCGGUGAGGACAGCAAGACUGCCACCCCCGAGGAAUUCUUUGCCAACAUCUCCAAGUUCAAGAGCGAAUUCAAGCGUACUCACGAGCAGAUGUUGAAGGAACGUGAAAACGCCAACAAGGCAGCAGCCAAAAAACUUGCUGGUGCAUCGGCCAGUACUGGAUCACCGAAACCUCCAACACCAGGCGGAUUCAAACCACCAGCCGGUGCACUUCCAAUGAUGAAACCAACUUCACCGGUUGCACCCUCUCUACAAGUGCAAUAUGCAGGUGGCGAAGACGAUGAUGACCAUGCACCAAACGGACAAUUCAUGGAAAGUCUAAUGUCAUCGAUGAGAGGUGGUCAAGCUAUCAGAAUUUCCAGAAGAUGUUCUGCCUAUAUAGGAGCACCAGGUCAAAAUCAAACUGGUAUCGAUGCUCUAAGAGAUCAUCUUAAGAAAACAACAAAAUAA